ACAAACAACAGGGGCUUGGACUUCUCAAGUUUCAGAGGCAGCGUGCCCUGCGUGGCUACAGCAGCGGGGGCGUGUCCUGCGUGGCUACGUCACCAUGGGCGGGGCUUGGUCCUGAGGAGGAAAACAACAACUGCCGCGUGUGGGAAGGAAGGAAGGUCGGAAGGCAGCGGCGUCGGCCAUGUUUCCAGCGGAGGCGGUGUUGGCGUUGUGGCUGCUCGCGCUCAGCUCGGCUGCCGAGGAAGAGUCGUCCACGGCCACAGGGGUGAAGGUGCCCUCCCCCUCAGAGUCGCCAGAGGCCUUUGGCCCGGCCCUGGAGAGCCUCCCGCCUUCCCGGAGCGAAGCGGCCGCCGUGGAGCCGGUCGUGGGGAGGGGCCCCGGGGGUGGCAAGAUGGCCGAUAGGAAGAUGCAGAAGAAGGACCUCGGUGUCAUCGGCUAUGUUUUGGGGGUCAUUAUGGUUGUGAUCAUCAUCGCCAUCGGGGUCGGCAUCGUUAUGGGUUACGUCUACAAAAGGGCUCGUGAUCUGAGGUUGCGCCACGCACGGAAGGCGGAGGAGCGUGAGCAGCAGCGUGCGUCGCUCCGCUUGUCGGCCUUUGUGAAUCAGGCGUGUGAGGAGGAGGCCACCGUGUGUGAAGCCACAGCGCUGGAGGCUGGGGAAGGGCCUUCCCCACUCGUGGCCCAGGCAGGCACCCCUGGCGCCUGACAGAACAAUGGCCACCAAGCAGGAAACGCCCAGAGGUCACUUCCGAUACAUUUCUCGGAUUUUUUAUCAUUUACUUCCUGCUUUGGGGGAAGAAGAAAGCGGAAAGAAGUGGACCGUCCAUUCGGUGUCAUUUCGGGCACAAAAUGGGGUCUGGACAGCAAACCGGAUGGAGAUGGAAACUUCUGGAAGGUUCCAGAAAGUUUCAGAAACUUCCUGAAUGUUUCUGAGAAAGUCUGGAAAGUUCCGGAAAGUUCCAGAAAAGAAACGAUUCAGAAACUUCUGGAAGGUUCCAGAAACAAGUUCGAAUGGUUUUUCCUGUGUUGCGGUGGGGGACGAGGACGGCAUUUGAAUGUAUAUUUUGGCUUUGGCUCUCUUUCUUUCUCUGUCCUUUUCUGGACUCGUUAAUCGGCAUUCGUUAAUUUUUCCUCCCGGAAACGAUUGAGAUCAGCUCCAAAGCCAGGUGGGAAAGAGGUCGUUCUCACUUAGGAAAUUCCCCAUAUAAUUUAAAAACUUGCUAAAUAUGGUAAAUAACAAGAAUAAGAUUCAUGAAGGAAGGGAUGUUUUGGGUAAAUUACAAGGACAACAAGGCCACCUUCUUGUUUUUGAUGAGACAAAUGUUGUUUGGGAAGAUUUAAUCGGGAAUUUUCUGAUAAUAUGCAAAUUAAAAUUGGGAAUUUUCCAAGGAAAGAAAUUGUAAAUUAAAUUGGGAUUUUUUUCUCAUCAAAUUGAAAAUUAAAUUGGGAUUUUCUGAUAAAAUCAUUAAAAAUUGAAAUCCAAAUUUUCUGACCAAAUUGGUUUUCAGAUGAAGUAAUUUGAAAAUUAAGUCAGGAUUUUCAGAAAAAUUGGAACAUUUUCCAUCUCAUUCUCUUUUCCAGGUGGUUUCGGAAAUUUCCGAAAGGUUCUGGAAAUGCCUGGAAAGUUUCAGACAGAUUCAUUCAUCUAGGUUCCUAAAUGUCUAAAAUGCAAGCCAAUGUUUUCUUAUGGAUUCAUGUUUAUUCAAAGAAUAUUUCUUUUUAUAUAAAUAUAACAUUUGAAAGACCUUUGAAUAUCGUUUUUCUUUGUCGGUGUUUGAAAACCCUCAUCAAUUGUACGAUUAAAAGAAGGAAACGAUGUUCAA